AGCCUGCAACCGCAUUCUGCGUGCUUCUCUCUUACCAUUUCUUCAAAGACGAAUAGAGGUUAAAGAGACGGCGUUGCUCUGCUGUCCGCCUUGACCUAGCUCUGCUUCGUCUUGGCCCUCGAUUUUGCUUCACUCCCAUCAAUUUUUACUUCUAGUUUCUUUAGUAGCAUCAUCAAUGGCGGUGAAACCCACAAAGGCCGAGAAGAAGAUCGCUUACGAUGCCAAAUUGUGCCAGCUUUUGGAGGAGUACACCCAGAUCCUUGUGGUGGCGGCCGACAACGUCGGAUCCAACCAGCUUCAGAACAUAAGGAGGGGUCUGCGUGGUGACUCGGUGGUUCUCAUGGGCAAGAACACCAUGAUGAAGCGCUCUGUUAGGAUUCACGCCGAGAAGACUGGCAACGAUGCCUUCCUCAACCUUAUCCCUCUGCUUCAGGGCAACGUGGGGCUAAUUUUCACUAAAGGAGACCUGAAGGAGGUUAGCGAGGAGGUUGCCAAGUACAAGGUUGGAGCUCCUGCCCGUGUUGGUUUGGUUGCUCCCAUUGAUGUCGUUGUUCCUCCUGGCAACACGGGGCUUGAUCCCUCCCAGACAUCUUUCUUCCAGGUCCUCAAUAUCCCCACCAAGAUUAACAAGGGUACUGUGGAAAUUAUCACCCCUGUGGAACUUAUUAAGAAGGGAGACAAGGUCGGCUCUUCAGAAGCUGCUCUGCUUGCAAAGCUUGGGAUAAGGCCCUUCUCUUAUGGGCUUGUGGUCCUAUCUGUGUAUGAUAACGGUUCUGUGUUCAGUCCCGAGGUUCUUGAUCUUACUGAGGAUGACCUUGUUGUGAAAUUCGGGACUGGUGUUUCCAUGGUGACAUCACUCUCUUUGGCCAUUUCAUACCCAACAAUUGCAGCUGCACCGCAUAUGUUCAUCAAUGCCUACAAGAACGUGUUGGCUGUUUCCGUGGAAACUAGUUACUCUUACCCUCAGGCAGAGAAGGUUAAGGAGUACUUAGAGGAUCCCAGCAAGUUUGCUGUUGCUGCUAUUGCAGCUGCUCCUGUUGCUGAUUCUGGUGCUGCCCCAGCUGCUGCUGCCGAGGAGAAGAAAGAGGAGCCAGCAGAAGAAUCUGAUGAUGACAUGGGUUUCAGCCUGUUUGAUUAAUUGCGGGUCUCUUUGGAAGUUAAACAUCAUGUUUCUUUCUAUAUGUCUUGAGUCGUUAAAUUAGGUUAUUUCCCUUGUAUUGAAGAUAUUUAGUAAUUAAAUUUUUGGAUGCUUUUUUUGGCCAAAUAUUUCUUAAAACUAAGUUGUAAUUUGAUAUUCCUAGUUACGAUGUGUCCUCGUGCUUUGCCUGGUUUAUGCGCGGUUGUUUGAUGUUUCAUGUUUUUAA